CAAUUCAACUUUUAAAGAAUAAUGGAGUUCCCAAAUCAGAGCUUCAAGCAUUCUUUGGAUAUCAAUUCCGUGAAAGUUUAGCAGAUUACUGCAAAACUAGUGAUGAUCAAUGUUUAAUAAAUACAGCAAUAUUAAUUUCAUAUUCGCUACAAGAAUUAGACUUGGAUAAAUAUAACUAUGACAAUUUUUAUA